AUGCGGUCCUACACUUUCUUGUUCUUCGCUCUGUGCUCCGUCUUUUCCCUGUCGGCAGCGCAGACGGCUUCCUCGACACUAGACUCUACAGCAGCCACAACCUCAGUAGAGGCGACUACAGGAGAGACGACUAGUCCGUCCGCAACUGUCAGUUCUGGAGGAGGCUCCGCGUCGAACGGCACCACAAGUCUCGGAGGUGGCACCGGCACCACUACAUCUGCUAGUAGCACCAGUACAAAGGGGCCUCCAGACGUACUUCUGAAAGUGCCUAACCUCUCGGUCAAGAGGAUCGAACUGAUCGUGGACAACCUUCAAGCAGAGAUCAACCUCGCCGCCGAGGUUGCUUCUCUCGUGACUAUUAAUGCGGGUGUGGAGCUCAGCGUGUCGAAAGUGAACAUCACUAUCGCGGAUGUUGAAGCCGAAUUGGAGCUUAUUAUCCGUUUGGGCAACUUGGUUUCCAUCGUGAACCGGACGCUUGCGACUCUGGACUUGAACCCUCUGCUCAUCAAUCUUCUGAACGAAGUGACCGAUGUUGUCACAGAAGUGGUAGCUGCUGUGGACAGUCUUUUGGGGAGCAUUGUUCAGGGCAAUUCGAAGAUCAAUUUCAUCAUUGACAACCUCGGAAAUAUUGUCCAAGAAGUCGUCGGCGAUGCAGGCAGCGCAGUAUCCAGCAUCGUAGGCAAUUUCGAGCAGAACAUGACUUUCACAGGGGACGCGAAGACGUUGUCGGGCGGACUCGUACAAAAGACGUACAAAUACGAUCCUCUUGGUACGCUGGUCAACAUCAUCUUCAACGCUCUGGGGCAAGUCGUCCAGGCGACAGUCGCCAGCUCCACAUCAUCCGGGUCGACGAGCACGACCAGCGCGACCACUGCGACUGCAGGCACCACGGCGCCUGCUAGCACAACAGCUGUGACAACUGCUACGGCGGCUGCACGUCUUUUCUGA